CCAGCAGGCUCGUGGGAGCUGCGCUGUUGGGAUAUUUCUCCUUGAAGGAGAAGGGAUCCCCCUCACGCAUUUUCUUCCCUCCCUCGGAGAAGAGAUGCUCCACAGAACAGGGGGUGCCGCAGGUCUAAACCCGCGGGGGGACUGGGGACACAAGCGACACCUCCAACUGCCUCGGAAUCCCUCGGGGCCUCGGAUUAAAGCUGUUACGUCAGUAAAUUUAAAAAAAAAAAUAAAUCCGACAACAGAAAACACAGCCCCAAACCUGGACGUUUAUACAGAAAAAGAGCAUCACAAAUUCCUAAUGUAAGCACCGGCCAGCUGUGUGCACUUGUAAAGUUGUUAUAAUCCCCCUCCUUGUUAUAAACAGGAAAGUACAUAAUAUAAAGCAACAGGCCCGCAUUCACAAAUACUGACCCUCCUCCCCGGGCCUGCCAAAUUCCCCUUUUGCUGCAGCUCUGCCUGCUCGGGCUGGGAGCGGGGCCGGACCGGGGUCCCCCUUCGCCCGUCCCCGGGGUCUCCUUGGGAUGGAAACCCGGGAGGUGCAAAGGACCCCUCCACACCUAACCCCCCUUCCCUUUUCCUUCCUCGCCAUCGCAGCUCUGCCUCCUCCCCUCACCCACCCCUUUCUCUUCCUUUCUUCAUUUUUUUUUUUUUUUUUAAAUUUUUUUGUGUUGUUUCAUGCCCCAGUUUUGCUGCGGGGAUCCCUGCCCGCUGCUCCCCAGCUCCAGCAGUGUACAUCCUGCUCUGCUGUGUGUGCUUACAGCGUCAAAGGGUGGACGUGAUAUUUCAAACAUCAGAUCAGUGCGUUUAUAUAUUGGGUGCCCGGAAAUUUUUCCAAAUAAACACAGCUUGAUUCGACUUGGGUGGGCAGACUUAUCAACAGACUAAUUCUAUAAACAAAUGAAGGAAUAACCCGGAGACCAUUGGCUGGUACCAGUGAGACACGUGGAGAGAGCUCGGAGUUUUGUAGCAAUGAAAUUUUAAUUAAUGUGGGUGGGCUGAGAACACAAACGACUGUUUAUCAGAGACAAUUUAUUUUCCAGCGCUAAGUCAACAUAUAAUAGCAAACUUACAACAAUUAUUUAACUUUUUUUUUUCCCUCCUUUUUUUUUUUUUUUUUUUUUUUUUCCUUUUUUUUUAAGAGCUAUGAGGCAGGGACAGAGGCAGAGCGAGCUCCUUCAGGCAGGGCUGGGAGCUGAGCUCGCACAACCAGGACUCGUCCCACGUUGCUGCCCUGCCCCGUCCCUUCGCUCGGGCUCCGAGGGGGAAGAAGACGCGGAGCUGCGAGCCCGCCGGCGAUGAGCCACAUCUACGGUAGCCACCUCUCCCCUCUGGGUAGCCCGUCCAUGGUUUACCUGCCGGCCGCGCUCGGCUUCGCCCCCGGGGGGGCGAUAUCCCGGCAGGACCCCCCGCAGAAACCCCCGUACAGCUACAUCGCCCUCAUCGCCAUGGCCAUCAAGGAGGCUCCGGAGCAGAAGGUGACCCUGAGCGGCAUCUACCAGUUCAUCAUGGACCGCUUCCCCUUCUACCACGACAACAAGCAGGGCUGGCAGAACAGCAUCCGCCACAACCUCUCGCUCAACGACUGCUUCGUCAAGGUGCCCCGCGAGAAGGGGCGGCCCGGCAAGGGCAGCUACUGGACCCUGGACCCGCGCUGCCUGGACAUGUUCGAGAACGGCAACUACCGCCGCAGGAAGAGGAAGCCCAAAGCCGCCGCAGCCCCGGACACCACGGGUGGCGAGCAGCCCGCUCCGCCCGCUCGCCCCGCCGAGCCCAAGCGGGCCAAGGGCAGCGCGGCCGCAGCGCCGGGGGACGCGGGGGUGCCGCGGCCGCCCGGGGGGACCGCGCCUUGUCCCGGGGGUCCCUCCCCUGCUGCCGCCCCGCCGCUCAAGAGCGGCUCCCGGGGCCGCAGCUUCAGCAUCGAGAGCAUCCUGGCGCAGGGGCUGCGGCCGCCGCCCCCCGGCGCAGCCCCCAAGGCGGCCCGGGACGGCCCCGCCGCUUCCCUCGGCGGCUCCCUGGUGGCCAGCGGCGCCUUCGGGCCGGCUCUCAACGCGUCCCUCAUGCUCGACUCCCAGGUGCACGGGAGGCUUUACCACAUCGGCAUCCCCUUCCUCUCCUGCUUCCCUCUGCACUUCUCCGAGGCGGUGUUUAAUUUCCAGUAGUUGCCCCAGAAUUAGCGCUGCUCCGGGUGGGGGAGAGAUCGGACUCAGACCUCACCACGAGGGGAAAGAUCUUAAAAAAACCCCCCAAAAAACCCAAACAAACCCCAAAUCGACGUUUUAAAGGUGACUCAGGAUUUCAGGGCAUUUUCAAGGCGCGUCUUGCUGCGGACUGUCUUUAGCGGGUGCCUCCCACCCCCUGCCAGAGCGGCUUUGGAAGGUAAAGUUGGUUUUCCCGAGGGCGGUGGAGGUUCAGGCAGCACCGGGGGAACGCCCACGCUGGCCCCCAAGCCCCGUGGGGUUUGCUCUGCACCUUUAGUCUUUGCAUCCCUCAGGUUCCUCAGACCAGCCCUUCAGGUCUCUGUUUUCUUUUAUUUUUCCUUUGAAAACCAAGCCCCAUCCCGGGGGGAGGAGGCUGAGUUUUGUUUCGCCAUCAAUACCCACAGGUAUUAAUAAUGCUCAGAAUUUCACCAUGCAAAUCAACAGGCACAUAUUAGUUCCUGAUAUUCCCCACUGGCCCAGUCCUCCCAGUGGGUAAUGGAGCUGGACUCAUGGCAGACCAAGCAAUCCAGGCUCAUCCUGAAUCUUCCUGCUUGCUUUGGUGGUGUGGAACUGGUUUCCUGCCCAGCACUGGUGCUUUGGAGUAUCCCCACAGAGUUUCUGCUCAUGGAUGCGGCCAAAAAGAAGGGGAUAGAUGAGCAAACACAGAGAUUUGUCUGCUUUCCAUGUCUUACUGGGAUCUUCUGACCAAAAAAAGACUGAAGCAGGAUUGUGGAGCCCAGGACAAAUACCAGGGGAAAAAAAAUUUAAAAAAAGAGACAUCAGCUAUGUUUCUAAAGUUUUCUUUUUUUUUAAAGAAGAAAGAAUCCUGACACAUUGCAAGAAAUCAGGAAUAUUUUGUAUUUUUGUUUGCCGUAAAUAGAGGCUUUUUGUAUAUUAGUGGAUAAAUGCCCUUUUGGAAAAAAAAAAAAAAAUAUUCUCAAUUUUCAUUAUGAAACCAAACCUAUAUCCAAUAAAGGUAUUUUUGUUCAGGA